UUGUAAAAUAAAAAUUAUAAAUUAUAUAUAUAUUUCGAUAUAUUAACUGAAAAUGAUCUUAAUGCAACAAGUAAAUUAUCGAAUUAUUGUAUGUUCAAAAUCUUUUCUUUUUUUUUUUUUUUUUUUUAAAUUAACUGCAAAUAUAAUUUCACUUUACGAUUUGAUAUUUCUAAUAUCAAAUGAAAUAAUCGGUUACAUAUAAUCGUGCGUAUAUUAAUUACUUAUGAAACAGUUAAUGAAUACAUGAUAAAAACUAGAUAUACCGUUUUUUUACACUCAUGCUAUUGAUUCGUGGUGUAUAAGCAAUACAUUUUUGAGGCUUCACUACCCCUCUUGAGAGAGUUCAUGUUGAAUAUACUCUAUCCCCUACCCUAUCUACGUCGUACAGGUGUAAGGAAAAAAAAAAGAGGAAAAGAGAAAAGAAAUAGCAGAGUUGCGGAGUCGCUGUGGUACCCACACGAACUUCUCAACCUGUAGUGAUUCAAUUACCAUUAGCCUAUUCUUCACUCACUCAGUCUACCAUCAGCCUCAUUUAUUUGGUGUUUUAAUUAAUUAAACGACGGAAGCCAAAUAUUACAAUGGAUUUAAAGGAAGAAGACGAAAGUGCGAACGAAAAUGGUAGACAACUAUUUUUAGUGGGUGCACCGCGUGAUCCUCUAGUGUCCACUGGAGCGAUCGUUGCUUCUGCUGGAGCACCAGAUGAGAUCAACUCUGCAGGAGAUCUACAGUCGACUGCUCUAGCUGGUCUGAUAGGCGCUCAAUCUUCCUCAGUUUGCUUUCCUACAAAAUUCUCGUAUGAUUUUUCAUCAAGUCCGGGAAGUGAAGAUAGGCAAUCAACUGGAGUCGGUAAAAGAAAACAGCGCAGAUAUCGUACCACGUUCACGAACUUUCAAUUGGAAGAAUUGGAAAGAGCAUUUCAAAAAACGCAUUAUCCUGAUGUAUUUUUUAGAGAAGAACUUGCUCUCCGUAUUCAAUUGACAGAAGCCAGAGUACAGGUAUGGUUUCAAAAUAGAAGAGCAAAAUGGCGAAAACAAGAGAAACAAUGUAAAGUAACCACUCACUUGACUUCGCAUUUGCCACCUUCUGAAUGCCAAGAAGUACAACAGCAGCAACAGCAGCAACAAUCAGAUCAUUUGUUAUUGGAACCACCAUUAGGUAGCCCACCACCCAUAUAUCUUGGCAUGGAAUGGGCAGGAUUUUCACCAUAUAGUAACACAGCUACUGCAUCAUCUCUUGUGGUUAAUAGUAUGAAUAAGCCAUUAGAAUCAGAGGCGGAUGAUAAUCCUUUGCUGGAUCCAGAAUUGUUGCAACUAAAAACUCCACGUUCCUAAUAGUACCAACCCAAAUCUAUGCUGUAGUGUAACUCAUUAAUAAUAUUCCUUAUAUUAUAUAAUAUUUUUAAAGAGCAAAGUGUCUGAUGCAAACAAUUCUUUGCAAUGUCACUUGAAUCUCACCAUGUAUCGUGCAAUAUAUGGCCAUCAAAAGUAUUAUAUACAUUAUCACCAGUUUUAUAACUGGUAUUUUAUAAUUUAAAAAAAUAAGGGACCAAAAACUUCUAUCAUCACUAUUAAAUAACGAGAUAAAAAUUAGAAUUCAAACAUAUUUAAAGUAUUGUUAUA